CCUUGCCUGCCUCCCACUCUUGAUCUGACAAUCCGUCAAUCGCCCACUCAACCCGCAACAAACAACUUUUUUUUUUUCCUAACCGCAACAACAGCGAGCAGAUCGAGCAGGAUAACAAAGCGCGCGACUUUGCAGCGCAAUUUCCUGUGUUUCCCCCUUCCGAUUGCCAAAGCUGCUCUUUGUUUUCUAUCUUUUCACCUUUUUUCCACGUUUACUUUCGCGCACUCAUUUGUUUUGCACUGCGCAAUCACACCUCUGCCCAUUUCUACCCCUUUUAAUAACAUUUGAUCGGUCGUCGAGGCUUUUACUAGUUCUCGCACCUUGCUGGCCUACUUUUGCGCUCGGCGGAAUUUUUUUUCUUUCGUCGCUUUUGGGCCCAAAGAAGCGCGACCCUGGGCUCGCUCGGUAUUUUGGGUUUGCCACAUCACCGCUGCCUACUGCGCAGCCGCCUCUGCGUUUGUCAUCUUUUAUAUCUGUGGUUUUCUUUUUAGAGCUGCAGCCACACAUCCUUCAUACUUGAACCAACAAAACACACUUGGGGCCACCACGAUUAUUCGGUCAUACGUAGGGAGACUGCUCAGUUACGUCAGCGCCUGCCUGCUUGCCUAGACUGCGCAAAACCCACCCCGACUUUGAAGGCGAUCUUGUCGCACCACCACCACCUUCUCUCUCCACAUUUAGCUCAAAUCACUCAUUUAUUCAUACGUUGCAACAUCGUCCACCCCAACUGUAUAAUAACCCCCAAAGUCACCGCCAUCACCAACCACACCGGCGGCAAAACUCUGGAUCACCUCCAACAACACACGGUGAUCAAAGCAUCAUCGUGAAUUCGACACUUCUCUCACCCAUGUUCGCUUUUUGGACCAAAGAUUCAAGGGGAAGUGAAAAGACAGUGGAUGCAACCCUGCCUAUGCCACUUUUCGCAAAGCCAGUGCAGGCCUAUCUGGACUCAACUGCUGCCCCAAAAGCUUUCCGAAGCCCAGAAAAACUCAAGAGGAAAAUAUCAAGUGUCGACAUUUCGCCCCUUGCCUUUCCUAAUAAGCGUACCAAGAUCGAGUCGCGCGACAUAACGCCUCCCGCAGAUGAUGUCGGCGCGCCCUGCGAGGCGCCGGAGCCCGCGGUGGCCGGCAUACCCGCAGUCGCUGGGGGUGUGACUGACCAACCAAGCCCUGACACUAGGCAGGUCCAAGGUGUUAUUCAGUUUCAACUCAGCCUGGAAAUACUGAACAAGCACAAUGAGCUGCGGUUAAUAGACCAGGAGCUGGCCAAAUGCCAGAUCGCUCUUGAGCAGUUGCGCAGAUGUCACCUGAUCCCUUACCCCGUCACGUGUCCCACACCCGAACAGAUGCUGGACAUCAGCAGCGGCAAGGGCCCUGCCAUGCGCAAGCGUCCCGGCGAACCGGUGCCGGAGUGGGCCGCCCCCUAUGGAGUAGUAGACGGCCCCUACGCGCGCCACUAUGCCAAGUGGCUCAUCCCUGAUCCCAAGUUCGAUGGCCUUCUGCCGGCCUGGCAGGGACUGGGCGGCCAGGCCAGCGCGCCAGUGAGUGCGACUGAAGGUAGGACGACAAGGAACAGCGUUGGUGAAAGCGUCGCUCCGGGUAACUCUCGCGGCGCUCGAGCGUCUGCGGGUUCCAAGCUGCAUUCACUCAACACAGGUUACGCCCAACCGAAGCAGAAGGCGCCUUGUGUCUUGAAACGUUCCGACGGGAAAACGGUCAAGCUUGUAUGUGUCGACUGUCACCGCGAGAACUUCAGUAGCACCCAAGGGUUUAUCAAUCAUUGUCGAAUUGCUCAUAAGCGGGAUUACAAGAGCCACGAGGAGGCUGCAGUUCACUGUGGGCACCCAAUCGAAGUCGAUGAAGUAGCCGGAUCCGGUGUCACUGGCGGUCUCGCUGCCACUGGCUCCAGUGCAGGGCCCAGUGCAGCGAGCGCCACUGAGGAUCGAGUAGUUGGAGCAGGGCCUUCACCCGCGGUUCCGGCUUCUGGCCUGGUUCACACUUUUGCUCGGACAGAUAUGUCAGAACAAGAAGCUUUUGCUUCUCUCGAGACUCGCUUGGACGCCGCUCUCAAGUCCUACACUGAGCGCAAGUUGCCUCUCCCAGUGCCACAGGCCUCUUCCACCAAGACGGAGCACAGGUCGACUGGCAGUUCUUCCGUCAGCGCACCUGAGGCUCCGCACCUUUCUCGGUUGUUGAUGCGCAAAGAAUUGAGCAUCGACUUAGGUCUGCAUGUAGCAGACGCCAAAACUAAAGAAGAUAUCUCGGAUAUGUACAUGGCUGAUGAUGACGAAGACUCGGAGGAGGGCGAGGAAGCUGCCAAGACUCAGUUUGGUCCCGCUGUCAGCCGCACUCCGGGCGUCAUGCGCAUGCCGGCGAGAGCUCCAGCUGCUUCCGCAUCAGCGCCUUGCGCCAACGGUGCCAAGGGAUGCUCUACUCACAUGACACUGGAUACACCCAUAGCUACGCCUACAACAGAAGUCUCACAGCCGGCGGUCCUUUUCGAUGACGAUAUGGACGUCGAAUUGAGCCCCAACACUCUGGUCAGCAAUAACGCACCGUCCCUUGUUAGCGAUGAUAGCGAGUACGAUGACUCGGACGACGGUAGCUCGUCGGACGUCAGUGAUAGCAUGGAUCAGGAUUCAGUCACCGAGAUAAAACUCGAGGACGAACACGACCUGGCGGCGCGCGUGAUCGGCAAGGGCUCGUCGGCGGUCAACCUGAAGAAAGAGGAAGCCAGACACGUGACAUUUGUGAGCCCUGUACGAGGUGCCGGGAAAGAAGGCCGGCGGAGGAAGAAUAGCUCACGGCAGCAGUCGCGCGUGCAAGGAGACGCCAGGGACGUUUUGCCCUGAUGUGAUGAGCUCUUGAACUCGUAUUUUUGUACUUGACCUUCUCCGUCGCUCUCGAGGAACACGUUAUUGAGGGUCCUCAUACCAAACUUUUCACUGUUUAUACAAAUUAUUAAUGCGGCCUGGCGUUCAUUUGACGUCGGGAUUACUUGUACAUAAAUGAAACUUUGAGGAUGGUCGAGCGAAUA